AACUUUCCCUAUGAGUCAAAAAGUAGUACGUUAAACUUAAGUUUAAAAGUGGGGACGUAAAAAUAUUUGCAAAGUUAGUCGCUGGGAUGGGGUACCAAAACAUUGCAUGGAUUGUGGUUGUCACCGCCGCCACCGUAUAUUUCCUCAACAUUCCACCACCGCCACUUUCAUCGACGCUGCUCAACUGGCAAAAGAAAGGGGAUAUCUUCAAAUAUAAGGGAUUUGAUAUAUUUUAUAUAGUUGAGGAAGGAGUACCAAGCGAUGGAAGCACCCUUGUGUUGAUCCAUGGAUUUCCCACCUCCAGCCAUGAUUGGAGCAAGAUUCUUGGUGGUAUGAAAUCACAGUUCAGCAAAAUCAUUAUGCUGGAUAUGUUGGGAUAUGGAUUCUCAGAUAAGCCGCUUGAACACGACUACCUAAUUACGGAACAGGCGGACAUUCACGAGGCUCUGCUGACGUCACUUUCCAUACCACGCGCACACGUGAUGUCACAUGACUACGGCGACACCGUGGCCUUGGAACUGCUUCAUAGGUUCGACAACAAAGAAUCAAAAUUUCAGCUUGAAUCAUUGUGCAUGUUAAAUGGCGGCGUGUUCCCGGAGACACAUUCCCCUUUAAUUGGCCAAACGCUUCUUUUGACGCCUGUUCUUGGGUCCGUACUGAGCCAUUUUACCUUCUACCGGAUUUAUGAAAGGAGCUUGUCAAAGGUGUUCGGAGCAGACACCCAGCCAACUUCUGAUGAAAUGAUGGAUUUCUACGCAAUAGUCCAAAAAAAAAAUGGAAACGUCGUUAAUUCAAGGUUAAUAAAAUAUAUCACCCAACGAGCAGAAAACAAGGACAGAUGGGUCGGGGCACUCGUGAAGACGAAACUUCCAGUUCACAUGAUAUAUGGGCCAUCUGAUCCAGUUAACAGUGGAUACGCCUUCGUUGAUCAUUACAAGAAAGUAGUGCCAUCCCCGAGUAUUACUGUUCUAGACGCAGCGAUAGGACACUACCCGCAGUGGGAGGAUCCGAAUGCCGUCUUCGAAUCAUACAAGUCCUUCUUACAGUCCAUCAAAAAGACUUAAAUUCUCACUUCAGGUUCAUCAUAAACAUUGAAAUCAUUCCACCAGUGCAUAAAAACGCAUUGAAAUUAAUCCACUAGUCCAUAUAGGAUUUUUGAAUUCAUUAUACCAGUCCAUCAAAACGCCUUGAAAUAAAAUUUAAUAAAUCAACCAGUCCAUCAAAAAGCAUUGAAUCAUUCUCUCCAGACUAUUAACGCAUUGAAAUCACAUAACCCGUCCAUUAACACGCGUUGAAAUCAAUCCACUAGUUCAUUAAAGAAGCACUAUUACUCCCAACUAAGUUUACCAUGUUUAAUACAAUUGUUUGAAUUUACCAAAAUGGAUUAAUUAAUGUCAAAAGAAUGGUUCCAAUGAAGGAUACUGUGUUUAAUUUGAAAGAACGGUGCAGAAAACACGGCAAUCUACCUUAUGAAACAAAACUAGAUCGCAGUAAAUCUUUUAGCAUUCACCAAUCAUUUAAUAUUUUUGCAUUUUUCAGCUUUUGAAUACACGGUUAUAAACUUGUUACCAGUAAUAAAUUAUUAAUAUUUUCAUGUAUGCAUCAUCUAGUAAUAAGUUGAAGGUUUAUUACUCAGAAUUUAUGUUUUUUAUACAUGUGUAUGUAUUGAUUUUAAAUGAGAGUGUCAUUUUAAGAAUCAUUGUCCAAGAAAACGCAUCGCGAUCAACCAACCAGUCCAUUAAACAAUAUUGUAUAUUCCCCUCCAGUCCAUCAAAAUGCCUUGAAACAUUUUGUCAUGCUCAUUUGGAGGCAUUUCCAUAUUUACCUUAUCCUAAAAAUUAUAUUGGUCUCCAGUUUGCAUGUUCCUAAAAUGCACAAAAUAAAGAAUCCCACCCACCUUCCCCACCCCAAUUUAAUUUGUCAAUUGUUAUUUUUUUUUAAUUCUUAACGACAGGAAUCAUUGAAACAUCUCGACAUUAUUACUUUAGUUUCCAAUAUUUAGUUUAAUUGUUCGGUGACCAAGAUUUCACUGAGGUAAAAUACUUUGUCUCCUAAACUAUUUCAAGCAUUGUAAUAUUGCCAUAUUUUGCAAUCUUUGAAGGACCUAAUAACAACAUUUUAAAUUAUUUUCGGUAAAAAUAAAAGUGUUUUAUUUUCUGGACACAAAAUCCUUUCAAUUGAUAUCGAUAUAAUAUGACGUCACCAGGCAACUGUAAGUCACAUCUGUUUGAGCCGAAUACCUUUCUAAGGUUGUCUUAUAAACCAGAAGAGAAAAUAAAUGUACAGUCGAAAACCGUUGGCUUGGUAUCCCAGGGACCGGACGAAAUACUUCGAUCCUCGCGAAAAUCGAGCCAAGCGCGCAUCUUUACAAAGAGUAAAACAAAAUUGGUUCUCAACGUUCAGUUCCAGCCAACGAGGAAAUCGAGCCAAGCGAUAUCGAGCGAACGGGUUUGGACUCUAUGAUUUAUAAAAUAUUUCCUACGAACGGUAUAAACCUGAAAUAUAUACCAAGAAGAGCAAGUUUUGCCGUUUAAACAUUAUUUAGGUUAUAGGACAAAUUCCAUUAGCGGAUCCAAGGGGAGUGGACCAGGCGCCCCACCCGCCUAAAAUCGUCAAAGUUAACUUCUUAUUUAAAUAUAGGAGGUAAAGAGUAAAGAAAUACGUCAAAAAUGCUCCAUUUCGGGCUAGAACUUGCCUCCCAACCCCUUCAACACUUUAAACCAAAUUAAUAUUGGUUCUAAGGAAGGGGCGCAAGUCAAACGGUUACGAAAUAUCCAAUCCUGGAUUCACCCUAGCUUUCCACUUUAAAAAAUGUCUGACGCUUUUCAUUACUCAAAAUAUUCGCAGACUCUAAUGAGUUUUAUAAUAUUUAAUUUAGUAUCAAAGAAUGGAAAUUGUUACAAUGCUUGACAAUUUUGCAACUGCGUUUCGACGGUUAAUGGAGACCGCAUUGAAACUGUAUAAUUGUUAUAUGUUGUAAUUUUAUUAUACAAAAAAAUACUUGUCGAGCAAUAUAAUAAUCCUAUAUUUUGAUAUGGUAUAUACGACCUUGCAUACUGUGUAUGUUUCUUUCAAUAAUAAAAUAUGU